GAGGCCAUCAUAAAUAUUGCUCUUAUAUUUUACUACACAGUUAUUUUAUUUUUUACCUUCUUGGCAAGGGUAUUAUAUUGCAGAAAUUUGGAAAAGAAAAUAUAAUUUCAAAGGGUAUGGAUGUUUCACCAACCUCUUGCUUCUCCGAGAAGGAUUUUGACGAUCUAUUUUUCAACGGUGAGAAUGAGAUUAUGAACACCAUUGAGGAGUUAGCGGCGGCACUCGGGGAAGAUUUGCCGAACGCGUCGUCAACGUCGUUGGAAAGCGUUGACUCGGCGUUGACCGGCAAGCGCAGCCCGAGCCCGAGCCCGGGCCCGAAUGUUGUUGAAACUCAGGAAAGGGUUCCGAAGCAGCGGAAGCUUCAUCACGGCGUCCAUGGAAAGCCCGACCCGACGGCGGAUCCCAGCCCGUCUUCGUCUACCCCGUUCAUCCUCUCCUUCGGUUACCCCAAUAACGGCUUUCCGCAAAAAGGGGAAGAAGAAAUCAUAUUAGAAACCUUAAACCCUGAAAUCUCGGUAACCGUCGACAACAGAAAGAAGAUCAACGGCGGCCGUGCCUCGAAGCUGCCGUCGAACACCUACGAUCACAUCAUGGCGGAGAGAAAGCGCCGGCAGCUUCUCAGCCAACAAUUCCAAGACCUCUCCACCAUCGUCCCCGGCCUCAAAAAGAUGGAUAAAACCUCGGUGCUGGGGGAUACGAUAAAAUACUUGAGAAAUCUACAGGACCGAGUUAAGAAUCUAGAGGAGCAAGCCAGCAAACAGACAAUAAACUCGAACGUAUACGUUCGGAGAUCGCAGAUGUUAAUCGAGGACGAAGGAUCCUCGUACGAAGACAGCGGCUCCGGCGAGCAAUCGCUGCCGGAGAUCGAAACCCGAGUGAGCGACAAACACAUUCUUUUGCGGAUUUACUGCGAGAAACACAGAGGUGUUCUCUCCAACAUUUUCACUGAGGUUGAUAAGUUUAACCUUAGUGUAACUAACACCAGCGUUUCACAUUUUGGGAACCUGGCACUCGACAUCACCAUUAUUGCCGAGAUGGAAAAGGAGAAGGAUUUCUCAGUAAAAGAUCUGGUGAAAGGAAUACGUACAAGUCUGCAACAUGCAACACGGGCAUCUAAGAAGUCAAAAUAAUCUACGGAAUAUAAUUACACAUACUUUCAUUUUUUUUACUUCAUGGUGAUGAAAGACUGUUAUGAAUUUUACAAGCCAUAAAGUAUAUGAAAAUUUGAAAAAACAACAUUUCAAGAAGUCGUAAUCACUGAAUUAUUUGAUUGUAGACUUAUAUUAGAUUAAUUAGAUGAGAUGUCCUAAUCAUGCUUAAAUUGUGGAAAUUAUGGCUGCGUUAUAUUGUACCACUUGUAGUCAUGCCAUGGCCCAUGGCCCAUGGCCCAUGGCCCAUUUCUGUAACAUCUAUUCAUCAUUGUUCAGCUAACCCCAAAUUAUAAUGUAUAAAUUAAUUAAUUUUGCUCACAAAA